AUUGAGAGACUCUCAACGAUGGCCACGAAGCUGUUUUCUCCGUCGUUGUCUUGUCCAUGGUUGACUUCAAGAGAUGUGGUAAUAAAAGGGAGGAGACGCGACUGUGUGACGAAACGAAACAGAGUUUUCUCCCCUGUCACCGCCAUGGUUGUGGAGCCUUUAACUGAUGUUUCUUCAUCUGUGAUUCAGAUUCAUCAAUGGUGGGAACAGAACAAUAGUUCAGUACUGUUGAUGACGGAGACUGGUGGUGGUUACUCGUUGGCUAGUUACUACACGUCGUUGGGUUUGUUUGUUAUUUCAGUUCCUGGUCUUUGGUCUCUCAUCAAACGCUCUGUUAAAUCAAAGAUAGUGAGGAAGACGUUUGUUGUUGGAGAAGGAGAAGGAGUCAAGAAGGAGCCAAAGCAAGUUGCUGGAGAGAUUCUCUCUUUCUUCACAAGGAAGAACUUUGACAUUACUGAUCGUGGAGAAACGAUCACGUUUGAAGGAACAAUGGUUCCAAGUAGAGGACAAGCUGCUUUGCUGACGUUUUGUACAUGUAUAAGCUUAGCAAGUGUGGGUCUUGUCUUAACCAUUACAGUGCCUGAUUUUGGAAACAAUUGGUUCUUCAUUACCAUUCUUAGUCCACUCGCAGGAGCGUAUUACUGGAAGAAGGCGUCGAGGAAAGAGGAGAUAAAGGUGAAGAUGAUGGUGGGAGAAAAUGGGAAGUUGAAUGAGGUUGUGGUGCAAGGAGAUGAUGUACAGGUUGAAGAAAUGAGGAAGGAGCUUCAGUUUAGUGAGAAAGGCAUGGUUUAUGUUAAAGGUCUCUUUGAGAGAUCAUGAUACAAAACACAUUCAUAUCCCAUUUUUGCUUUUCUUUUUGGGGGACAAUGUGUUUAUACAACUGUUCUAGUAUGAGAUUAAAUGACCAUUUGACUCAAUUUCAUACUGUCUAUUCAUCAUACUAAACUAGUGUUCAUAC